CCGACAUCAAAGUAGAGAGGAAACACACACACACACACACACACACCCCCAUAGAAACAAGUCCAUGUUGUUCUCAAACAUGUCUAAAACAAAUAUGGUAAGGAGACAUGUAUUAGAGAAGAAGAGAUCAUGUUCCAAAGAGAAAGAAAGUGGUUGUUUAUCUAAACAUCUGAAGAAAAUCUACCCGAUUGGGCUUCAAAGAACCUCUUCAUCUUUAUCGUUAUCAUCCUUGUCCUUGUCUUUGUCACAAAACUCCAAUGAUUCAUCUCUUACAGACCAUUCCAGCACGCCCUUGGAACAAAAGAUUUCAUUGGCACUUAGCUUGAUUGCUCCUCACCGUGAGCGAAGAGAGUUCCCCAUAGUUGUCAAAACUCAUGUCCAUCAUCAUCAUCAGCAGCAGCAGCAGCAGGAUCCUCCUGGCAAUGGUGAAGUGAGGAGGUGCCAUUGGGUUACAAAGAACAGUGAUAAGGUUUACAUAUCAUUUCACGAUGAACAAUGGGGUGUUCCUGUCUAUGAUGACAACAAAUUGUUCGAGCUGCUUGCACUUUCUGGUAUGCUGAUGGAUUAUAAUUGGACAGAGAUUUUGAAAAGGAAGGAUCUAUACAGAGAAUCCUUCUUGGGUUUUGAUCCUGAAAUUGUUGCUAAAAUGGGGGAUAAAGAAAUCCAUGAGAUAUCAUCAAACAAAGCAAUGAUGUUGGCAGAGAGUAGAGUAAGGUGCAUAGUAGACAACGCCAAGUGCAUACUCAAGGCAAUGAGGCAAUAUGGAUCCUUCAGCAGCUUCAUGUGGGGAUAUGUGAAUUAUAAACCAACCAUCAACAAAUACAAAUACCCCAGAAAUGUUCCACUUAGAACUCCAAAAGCGGAAGCCAUUAGCAAGGACUUAGUGAAGCAUGGAUUCAGGUUUGUUGGGCCAGUGAUUGUGUAUUCAUUCAUGCAAGCAGCAGGGUUGACCAUCGAUCAUCUGGUUGAUUGUUUCAGAUACAGUGAAUGUGUAAGCCUAGCUGAAAGACCAUGGAGGCACUUUUAACUUCAUUUCUCUGCUAACCCUAAUUCUUUAUCUUUUUCCAUCCUCCUUGCUCUUACUCAAACACAAACCAAGCUCUUCAUGUAUAAAUUGGUCAAUGAAGUUAGCUUUAUAUGAUACGAUUGUUUUGUAUCUAUGUAUCAAGUGAAAUAGAAACCUUGGGUUGUAAUUAUAAGAUCAUAUGAUCCCACAAAUAUAUAACCAUAUACGUAUUAUAUCCAAA